GCGCGCGCUCGCUCAGUAGCGGCCCACGUGACAGGCACGCAGAAAAUGCUUCCACGUGACUGGGAGGUUGGCGGAGGCAGAGGGAUGUGCCGUGUCUGGUAUAACUGGUCAACGGAGAGUUUUUUUAGGUUUGCCUGCAGCACUUGUAUACUAGGAGAAUAGAAAGAGACGUGUAAGGGGGAAGAGGCUUCCUGCUCUUUGUGUUUUAGACGUCUUCCAGUUCGUUGAUGAAAUACUUUGAGUUCCGAAAUCCUGACUUUUCUGUGCCGCCAUGUUGUUUCUAGAGGAAGCUCGCGAGAUGCUAGUGGGUUUGUAUCGCGAGAUCUGUCGAUUCUCGCGGGACCUUGUUGGCAGAGCAGUUGUCCUGGAUGGCGGAGCCUUGGCUUCCGGGGGCUUGGGACCCGCAACUCUUUCUACAAGAUACCAAGUUGUGCUAGUACAACCAUAUAAAUAAUUAAUACCUGAAGUCUCAAUGUAACAUGGACAUUAACAGUGAUGACAGAUAAAUACAGACGAUUGGGAAUCAAAUACUAGGCGAAACACUUUUAAAAAGUGUAUCAGGCUUUUAAGAAACAUAUCUGCAGGAUCCUGUCUAUCUUAAUGCCGGUAGAACUCAGCUAAAGGAAUUUAGGAGGUUCUAGUAUUCUCCAUGGCUGAAGCUGAGAGUCUGAAACCCUGAUGCUUAAGCUCUAUUCUAGAUCAUAGCUCCAACUCCUUCAGGAUAUAAGGAAAAGAGAUAAUAUUACCACAAUGAUAGAUCUUUGGUUGUACAGGUUUCCCAAUGAGUGGAUCAUGAUGACCGUAUUGUAGGGACUUGCCAUAGUAUGGCUGCUUCCCGAUCUACUCGUGUUACAAGAUCAACAGUGGGUUUAAACGGCUUGGAUGAAUCUUUUUGUGGUAGAACUUUAAGGAAUCGUAGCAUUGCUCACCCUGAAGAAAUCUCUUCUCAUUCUCAAGUACGAUCAAGAUCACCAAAGAAGAGACCAGAGCCUGUGCAAAUUCAGAAAGGAAAUAAUAAUGGAAGAACCACUGAUUUAAAACAGCAAAGUACCCGAGAAUCAUGGGUAAGCCCUAGGAAAAGAGGACUUUCUUCUUCUGAAAAGGAUAACAUAGAAAGGCAGGCUGUAGAAAAUUGUGAGAGAAGGCAAACGGAACCUGUUUCACCAGUUUUAAAGAGAAUUAAGCGUUGUCUUAGAUCUGAAGCACCAAACAGUUCAGAAGAAGAUUCACCUAUAAAAUCAGACAAGGAAUCAGUAGAACAGAGGAAUACAGUAGUGGACAAUGAUGCAGAUUUUCAAGGGACUAAACGAGCUUGUCGAUGUCUUAUACUGGAUGAUUGUGAGAAAAGGGAAAUUAAAAAGGUGAAUGUCAGUGAGGAAGGGCCACUUAAUUCUGCAGUAGUUGAAGAAAUCACAGGCUAUUUGGCUGUCAAUGGUGUCGAUGACAGUGAUUCAGCUGUUAUAAACUGUGAUGACUGUCAGCCUGAUGGGAACACUAAACAAAAUAGCACUGGUUCCUAUAUGUUGCAGGAAAAAUCAGUAGCUGCAAAUGGGGAUUUGGAUACUCAAACCUCAAUGUUCCUUGAUAGUAGGAAGGAAGACAGUUAUAUAGACCAUAACGUGCCUUGCACAAAUUCAGAAGUGCAGGUCAAGUUGGAGGACCACAAAAUAGUAACUGCCUGCCUGCCUGUGGAACAUGUUAAUCAGCUGACUGCUGAGCCAGCUAUAGGCCCCCUUUCUGAAAUUCAGUCAUCUUUAAGGGAUUCUGAGGAGGAAGUAGAUGUGGUGGGAGAUAGCAGUGCCUCAAAAGAGCAGUGUAAUGAAAACACCAGUAACGACCUGGACACAAGUCUUGAGAGUAUGCCAGUCUCUGGAGAACCAGAACCAUCUUCAGUUUUAGACUGUGUUUCAGCUCAAAUGAUGUCUUUAUCGGAACCUCAAGAACAUCGUUAUGCCCUGAGAACCUCACCACGAAGGGCUGCCCCUACCAGAGGUAGUCCCACUAAAAACAGUUCUCCUUGCAGAGAAAAUGGACAAUUUGAGGAAAAUAAUCUUAGUCCCAAGGAAACAGAUGCAACUGUUAGUGGUAAUGUAAGUCAGUCUCCUACAAAUCCUGAUGAAAUUUCUCAAAAUGAAAAAGGGAUACGCCAUGACUCUCAAAAUUAUGGAAGUGAAGGACUAUGUAUGCCACCCUCAGAGGCAAGACUCAAUAUUGGACAUUUGCCAUCUGCCAAAGAGAGUGCCAAUCAGCACAUUACAGAAGAGGAAGAUGAUGAUCCUGAUGUUUAUUACUUUGAAUCAGAUCAUGUGGCACUGAAACACAACAAAGAUUAUCAGAGACUGUUACAGACGAUUGCUGUACUCGAGGCUCAGCGUUCUCAAGCAGUCCAAGACCUGGAAAGUUUAGGCAGACACCAGAGAGAAGCACUAAAAAAUCCCAUUGGAUUUGUGGAAAAACUCCAGAAGAAGGCUGAUAUAGGGCUUCCUUAUCCACAGAGAGUUGUUCAAUUACCUGAGAUUGUAUGGGACCAGUAUACCCAUAGCCUUGGGAACUUUGAAAGAGAAUUUAAAAAUCGUAAAAGACAUACUAGGAGAGUUAAGCUAGUUUUUGAUAAAGUAGGUUUACCUGCUAGACCAAAAAGUCCUUCAGAUCCUAAGAAGGAUGGAGAGUCCCUUUCAUAUUCUAUGUUGCCUUUGAGUGAUGGUCCAGAAGGCUCAAACAGUCGUCCUCAGAUGAUAAGAGGACGCCUAUGUGAUGAUACCAAACCUGAAACAUUUAACCAAUUGUGGACAGUUGAAGAACAGAAAAAGCUUGAACAGCUACUCCUGAAAUACCCUCCUGAAGAAGUAGAAUCUCGACGCUGGCAGAAGAUAGCAGAUGAACUGGGCAACAGGACAGCAAAACAGGUUGCCAGCCGAGUACAGAAAUAUUUCAUAAAGCUAACAAAAGCUGGCAUUCCAGUCCCAGGCAGAACACCAAACUUAUAUAUAUACUCCAAAAAGUCUUCAACAAGCAGACGACAGCACCCUCUUAAUAAGCAUCUCUUUAAACCUUCCACUUUUAUGACUUCACAUGAACCACCAGUGUAUAUGGAUGAAGAUGAUGACCGAACCUGUUUUCAUAGCCACAUGAACACUACUGUUGAGGAGGCAUCGGAUGAAGAAAGUAUUCCUAUCAUGUAUAGGAAUUUACCUGAAUAUAAAGAACUAUUACAGUUUAAAAAGUUAAAGAAGCAGAAACUUCAGCAAAUGCAAGCUGAAAGUGGAUUUGUGCAACAUGUGGGCUUCAAGUGUGAUAACUGUGGCGUAGAACCUAUCCAGGGUGUUCGGUGGCACUGCCAGGAUUGUCCUCCAGAAAUGUCUUUGGAUUUCUGUGAUUCUUGUUCAGACUGCCUACACGAGACAGAUAUUCACAAGGAAGAUCACCAAUUAGAACCUAUUUAUAGGUCAGAGACAUUCUUAGACAGAGACUACUGUGUGUCCCAGGGCACCAGUUAUAAUUACCUUGACCCAAACUACUUUCCAGCAAACAGAUGACAUGGAAGAGACCAUCAUUUACUAGUCCUCUUCAACACAUAGCAAUGGUAUCAUUGUUAAUUAUGUGCACAGUUUGGAAAGAUUCUCUGCUUUCCCUGAAAUGACACUCAGCAUGAGAGCCUCCUGAGUGUUCUCGUCAAGUACAGCUCUGCACCGUGCGGCUCUAGAUCACUGUUCAGCAGCCGAACACCCUGGUGAGCAAAGGGGAUCCCUGGUGAAUUUGUCACCACUACCUUAAAGCCUUUUAGGUGGUGAUCUUAAAUGGGUGAGAUGGAAACGAGAGCACACAUAAAGAGAGAGUAAAUUCCAAAGGUUUCAAAGAACUCAGUCAUAAAUAUGAUAAUGAGAAGACAAAGUAUUUAUAUUAAAACAGUUUAGUAGCUUUCAGUUUUGUGAAAAUAGUUUUCAGCACAGAAACUGACUUCUUUAGACAAAGUUUUAACCAAUGAUGGUGUUUGCUUCUAGGAUGUACACUUUAAAAGAACUCACUGUCCCAGUGGUGGUCAUUGAUGGCCUUUAGUAAAUUGGAGCUGCUUAACCAUAUUGAUAUCUAAUUUCUUUUAACCACAAUGAACUGUUCUUAUUACCAACAGUGAAGCACUACAGGAGGCAGCUGUGGCAUUGCUUCCUUAACCAGCUCAUGGUGUGUGAAUGUUAUAAAAUUGUCACUCAGAUAUAUUUUUUAAAUGUAAUGUUAUAUAAGAUGAUCAUGUGAUGUGUACAAACUAUGGUGAAAAGUGCCAGUGGUAGUAACUGUGUAAAGUCUCUAAUUCACAACAUUAAUUCCUUUAAAAUACACAGCCUUCUGCCUCUGUAUUUGGAGUUGUCAAUACAACUCAUCAAAGAAAACUGCCUAAUAUAAAAAUCAUAUAUAUGAUAAUAAUUUCCCUCUUUUGUAGUCUGCCCAAGAUCCAUAAAAGAUUGUAUUUUUAUUACUAUUUAAACAAGUGAUUAAAUUUAGUCUGCACAGUGAGCAAGAGUUCACAUGCAUUCUUUUAUACUGCUGGAUUUUGUUGUGCAUCAUUUAAAACAUUUUGUAUGUUUCUUAUCUGUGUAUACAGUAUGUUCUUGAAUAAUGUUCAUUUGUCAGGAGAACUGUGAGAAAUAAACUAUGUGGAUACUGUCUGUUUAUAUUA